GGAGGGGCGGGGCCAGAGCGGCUUGAGCCUCCAGUGUGAGCCAGAGCGGCGCUCGGUUUCUCGUCAGCUCGUCAUCGUGCGUCAGCCGCCGGGAACCAUCCACCAUCCGGUCUCCGACCUCCAGCAUCUAAGGACGCCCGGUGCCGAGCCUCAUCUGCGGCCAUCUGGAGCAUCCCUUCAUCCUAAAUAGAAGUAGGACACCCUACACCACAGAAGAUGGAGGACUGGAGCAAGUGUUAGAUGCCGAGGGGGCUUAUUGGACUAAGAUAUACAUGCUUUAUAUAGCGAUACAAAUGGUAUAUUUCUCUGCUUAAUUGGCGUUGGUCACAAACGAGCGCAUUCUUCCAUAAUUGAGACUUGACGAAUAGACACUGGAUUCAAGCUUGGAGAUUCUGAUCCUUGACGCGUUCAUGAAGAAAGGAGCCCUGCAUGGGAGCAGAUGCAAUUUUGGCACCCAGUAAACAAAACCAACACAAACAAUCACCUGGAACCUCCUCUUCUUCCCUAAAAUGCCAUUUGAAGCUGAAGGAGUGAUGCCAGAAAACAGCCCAAAUGGAUCAAACCAUCAAAUGUCCUUAUGGGUGACAAAAAAGGAUGAAGAUCUUUCUAACGGAAUAACUAGGACACUACCUUCGACAAAUCCAAUCAAAGUCAGAAAACACUUUUGAUGAUCUCAAGCCCCGAAGUCAGUAAAUGCACCAUGAGUUGACAUUCAGUGGCACCAGGCAAGGCCUGGCUGCAGGUGACGUGUUGGCUGUCGAGACACGCUCUUCUGUGAACACAACAUUGUUUUUUGACAUUAAAUCAUUUCAUCACUGAAUUGCUUGUUUUUUAUAUCCAUUUUGUUCAAUGUAUUUCUUAGCAAUAUCUGACUUUAGGCGAUGCGAAGUGCCAAGAUAUCAAAACACAUUUAGCAACUGAAGCGUACAUACAGUACUAAUUUGUAUUUGUUGACCACAGUUGUUAUAGCACAUACUGCAGCUGGUGUGUUGAAAGCGUUCAUCCUAUUAAAUAGCCUGCAGCAGUAUUGGUCUUUGCUACACAUGGACAUUAUUGAUUGAUGUUAAGCUAAUGUUCAGGUCACUUUCACUGGACUUUCAUAUUCAGUGUGUUCACGCUUUCCAAACCAUACUAAAUAAGCCGUAAAGGAUUUGUUCCUCUUUUUUACUACAUACAGUAUAGAACAGUGGAACCCGCUUAUAACUACAACCCUUCUAUGUCCCGGUCAACUGUAUUCUUGUUAGUAACAAGUGCUCGCUUAAGUCAGUGUCGCCAUACAUACAUGGUCAACCACAUUUGUCGGCAUUAAAUGUGACAGAAAUACAGAUUGUUAUAUGUCAACAUGUGUUGUAGCAUUAUUUUCGUUAUUGCUAAGCAGAAUGAAAUGACAACAGCCACAUAACUUUCGAGUUACACAGUGUUAAAACGUGCACAAUUCAUUUCCUCUUAAGUAAAAGUAAGCUUCAAAAUAAAAAUAUGGCAGUGUUAACCUGGAUUCUAUGCUUGUUAGCCACUGGAAGAAAGAUUUGAGCAGGUACCAUUGAUUUAUUGUCAUUGUAGUCACACACACAGUUUCCACAGCAGCUGUUAGAUAGGAGUAUAAAAUACCAUAUGAAUCAAAACAAAAGUAGGCACAAAUCUCAACAAGAUGCCAUAGGUUAAAAAAUAGUUAUUUAUCAUCCAUUCUUCAUAUGUCUCUGACCAAAGUCAUAAGUAAUGCAAUGGUUAGUUUCGGCUUCAGUCGACAAUUGCUUAUGUCAACAUCAGUGCGUCGAGUAAGCGGGUUCCACUGUAAGCAUCCUUGUAGAAACUGCUCACAAGGACCAACCAAGGAAAGGGCGGCCAUCUUUUAAUACCACUAAAUCAAGAGGCGCGAUUUUCCCUGACCUCUGUCUGAAUAAUGUCUCGCUACAAGGUGCUGUUUAUCACUAUCCAUGAAGGUCACUGCAGUCAUCUUUGCACUCUUUGAUUUGUGUUUUCAUGGCAAAAAUCACAGAGAUCUACCAACUAAUCAUUCUGUGGUACCUUUGUGUCAAUGGUUUGUUUCAUGUAUAGGAUCGCGUGUGGGGGAAAAAAUGACAUGGAGCCUUCUGUGGCGCUAUGCUUAUGUGUUAGCGUCAGCGUGGAGCCUUCGGGCGUCAAGCCACAGGAGCCGAUUCCAGGAUGCCCCUCCCUCUCCGGAGACAUGAUUCAUUUUGGUGUCCAUGUUCUCAGCACCUUACCAACAGGAUAAUCUACUCAAGACAUGUUGUUUCAUGAUGAAGAUCGAUACCAGCCUAAUCACAGCCCAGCUGCCUGAGGCCCUGUCCCAGGCAGGCCUUCAGUUUACCGUGGCCACUGAGGAGGACUUUGACGACAUCAUGGCUAUGAGCCAGGAUAUCUACGGAGGCCUCGACUAUCUGCCCACAAGAUACACCAGCUGGCUGCAGGAAAGCAACCGCACAGUCAUACUGGCACGCAAACAAGGGAAAGUGAUUGCUCUGGAGUCGGUGUGUGUGAUUGACAAUGGGCAGACCAUGCUGGUCGAGGGUCUUCGCGUGGCCCCCCAAGAACGGGGGAAAGGCGUGGCCGGAGUCCUGCUACGCUUUUGCUCUGAGCUCGUCAAAUCGAAAUAUCCAGAGGUCAAAGUGAGCCGCCUGACGCGUGAUGACCAACUCAGACCCAAGGACUUCCAGAAGUAUCGCAUCAUAACCAAACAGGGCAUCCUGCUGAUGCGUUUCCAAGCCGAAGACCUCAAGCUUCGUUUGUCUGAUCUUGGUGGACAGAUGCAGGCACCGCUGUCCUCCUUCUUCUCAAACGGUCCUCCCAUACGCCUGGACAACAACGCCAUUUAUCAGCUGUAUUUGACUACUGACCUGAUGCGGGGGGUCCUCCCGAACGCUACCAUCAUCCAAGACUGGCAGCCGUUCAAACUUCUGCCCACUAACAUGGCCAUCCUGAUGAAGAAGGACAUUGACUGGAUGGUGGACGAUGCCUCCAACCCUACCGUGGGCAGCCUGUGCACUUUCCCUUUCAGGGUCCCCAUUGGAGAUGAUUGGUAUUAUCUCAACAUCGACAUGUUCGGCAAAGACCUGGACCUGGUGCGCCAGCAGUUCCUGUGCCACCUGCAGCGCCACACUGCAACACUGAAGGGUCACGUGAUGUGCCAGAUGUUCCUGGACCCGCCCCUCUGGAAGCCCAUGGCCGACUUUUGCCGCGACACCCUGAGCGUGGAGCUGGUGAAGGAAUACACGGAGCAAUGCGUGGUGGAGUCCGAUGUCAUGUAGUCACUUGCAAGGAGGCAAUGGACACAGCUCGAUUAGAAGACGAGCCAAAGCGACUAACCAUACUACAUUUGUGAGAUUAGAAUACUGUCAAUCAUUCUAUACUCAGAGUUUGAAGCAUGAGCUGUUAUUAUUUUUGAAAAACUGACAGGAGUUCCGAAAUACUUUCUAAAACAAGAUUUUUGAUAGAAUUGGUUGAUAAUUCCUACGCUGAGUCCAUUCCUAAUACAUUGAGCUCAUAUUCAGAUUCAAAGUCAUGGACCACUGGGCUUCUCAAAUCGUACUGUACAACGAAGUGAAGGUUAGGUAGCAGUGAUGUAACCUAAAAAGCUCUUUUUUGAAGAGACAAAUAACCCUUUGGGCAUUUCAAACCUUGCUGCUGUUUGCCGUAAAUACGAGACAGCUGAGUUUGCUUAGAACAUCUGCACAACUCUGAAAGCACUUUAAAUUGACAAAUACCUGCUGUGGUUAAGUUGGAAUGGGAGAAGACAAAAUAUAUCAAGAACAAGCUCAUCCUCCUUCAGGCGAAAUCAUCGGUCAUCUGUCUUUGUUAGUCUAUUUCGUCUCAUUUUAAAACAGUAACUGAAAUAUACUGUACUAUUUUUGCAGAAAAAAACUUUCUGAGCUGUGGGUGGAAAAUAGGCUUUUUUUUGUUUGUUUUGAGAUGGAUAACAUAAUGUCUAACUAUUGUACAUGCUAAUGCUUGAACAGGCUCAACAGUAUGAAAAUAGCUACAAAUAUGCUGCAAGUCAACGAUUACUAAUAGUGUUACUGGAACGUUUACAUACUUGUGAAGUCAUUUUAAAAUCUGCGUACCUCAAAUAGGUUGUUCCAGAAAGCACUUUAUUAAAGAGUGAGGAUAACUCAAUACAAUAUGUCUUCAAUAUAACAUUAGGGUUUUAGUAGUUAAUCAUUGCAACACGAUACAAUUGCAUAUUUAUAUUUAAAUCAAAUACUGCAUAUGCGGUCGUACAAUGGCCGACAGGGGCAAACGAACAGCAACGUCAAAACGUUUCAAACCCACAAAUGAUCCAAAACCAAAAACACAAAAAAAACAAAAACUGGGAAAAUGCUGCAAUCACAUAAACGCUGCAGGAUCAAAAAACAAAUGCUAAAUAAAAAAAGAUGCAAUUGCGUAAAACUGUCAUUCUCAAACUUUUUUUCACCAAGUACCACCUUAGCAAAAAUCUGGCUCAUCAUGUACCACUAUAAUGAUCAACAUUAAAAUACAGUAGCACAGUAAGCCUAAGUAUAGGUUUUAUUUUUAACAAGUAUAUUUAAUAUUUUGGCCAAUGUAACAUUCCACACACUUCGAACACUCAGUAUGAAUAUAGGGGGAAAAAAUCAGUGUACUUUAAUCAAAUGAUUAUUUGACGUACCGCUGGAUAGAGCCCACGUACUACUAGUGGUACACGUACCACAGUUUGAGAAUCCCUGUUCUAAAAAACACACAACCCCCCAAAACAUCUGCUUGAGAGAACUGCUGCAAUUUCAUGUAACCAAACAGACAUUAGCCAGACUACCAGCAACUCCAGACCUGAGAGAUAUCUCAAAAUGUAUAUUUUACAGUAUUAUAGAGCAAUCUAUUUUUACAACUAAGUAUUUACCAGUGAGAUUAUAGGAACAUUUUACAUUAAUCUGAGAGAGGGAUAUCCCUCAGGUCUGCCGUGCAAGGCAGCCUCUUAAUUACAUGGAGAUCACGCGCUGUGCACCCCCCACAAAUUGUGGGGUCCCUGUUUUGCGUUAAUGAGCGCAUGUAAAAUGUCAAUUAAUUAAUUACAGGGCGCUCCAUAUGAAAUUCUACUUCAAACAUGUUCCGAGCCUCUUUCCGCUCUGUCAUUGAUAAAGAAAUAACGGCAAAUUUCCACAGAUAUUCUCAUUUGUUAUGUUGCACAAAAAAAAAAUAUUUCCCAUGAAUUUGUUGUAAUACACAACAUGCAUCAAAUUAGUUUGAUUAAAAAAGAUACAAACCUUUUCACAUAAAAAAAAAAAAAAGUGUUUUUUUUUGUAAUAAGAGGGUGGCCUCAAAAUUAAUUCUGCUUCGGGUCCCAAUUUAGCCAGAGGCUGCUCUGUUGCCAUGCCUGGUAGCCUGGCUAACUUCCUGGUAGUCUGGCAAGCAUUCUUUUGUUUGGUAAAGUUGCACCAUGUGUUGUUGCAUUUGUUUUUGAUCCUGAAGUUUUAAUGCGAUUGCAGCAAUUUUAAUGUGCAGCAUGUGUUUAAUGGUGUUGGUUUGUUUUUUGGUUUUGGAUCACUUCUGUUUUUGAAUGGAUCUGC